AUGCGCCGCCGCGUGAGAAAUCGCGUGAGCCCAGUGAUUCUAUCAGCCCGCAACGAGAGCCGUGUCGCCCUGUCGUCGCUCCUUGAGAACGCAAUCAUGGCGCACGUCGUCCGUCGGACCUCGGCAGCCCCGACUGCGGACGGCGCGUACCGCGUGCUGGACGACUACCCGGAAUUCGGCCGGCUCGGGCCGGCGCGGGGCAUGUGCGACGAUCAGCGCUUCGUGCGCGACCCGAGGCUCUCUUACUGCUCGGCCACUUGGAUCAGUGAGGACAGGGCGAUCACGGCCGGCCACUGCGUGUACAUCUAG